AUGCCGCGUUUGCCCUCCGCGCGGGCGGCGAGAGCGAGAGACACGUGUGGGGGGCAGAAGCGUCAUUGCGCGUGCUCCAGCCGUCGCCGUGCUCGCUGGUGUAUUUAUACGGCCGGUGCGGGGGUGGGGGUGCGGUGCAGAGGCGCAGGAGCGACGGCGAGCGCGCCGCCGUUGGGUUCGGGGAGUGGUGGUGUGCGGGAGGUAGGGUGGGAUGAUGAACGGAGGAGGGGGGGGGGAGGGGGAGGGGGAGGGAGGGUGCCGACGUGGAGGGAGCGGGAGAACAACCGGCGGCGGGAGCGGCGGCGGAGGGCGAUCGCGGCGAAGAUCUACGCGGGGCUGCGGGCCUACGGCAACUACGUCCUCCCCAAGCACUGCGACAACAACGAGGUGCUCAAGGCGCUCUGCAACGAGGCCGGCUGGACCGUCGAGCCCGACGGCACCACCUACCGCAAGGGAUGCAAGCCGCCGCCGGCAGAGCUGGCUGAUCAGCUCGGCCGGUCGACGUCGGCGAGCCCGUGCUCGUCGUACCAGCCGAGCCCGCGGGGGACGUCCUCCUUCCCCAGCUCCGGCUCCUCCUCUCAGAUCACGCUUGGCGGCGGCGGCGGCGUCUUCGGCGGCUGCGGCGAGGGGAGCAGCCUCAUCCCGUGGCUCAAGACCCUCUCCACCGGCGCCGGCGCCUCGUCGUCCAAGUUCCCGGCCCACUACUCCUACUUCGGCGGCGGCUCCAUCAGCGCGCCGGUGACGCCGCCCUCGGGCUCUCCGCCGCGCACGCCCCGCCUCAAGACGGCGGCCUGGGAGUACCACCACCCCGGCAGCGCGGUGCCGCCGUGGGCCGCCGGCUCGAGCUACACCUACGCCUCCCUGCCCAACUCCACCCCGCCGAGCCCCCGCCGCAAGGUCGCCGCCGGCAACGACCCGGCGGCGUGGCUGGCCGGGUUCCAGAUAUCCUCCGCCGGGCCGUCCUCUCCGACGUACAGCCUCAUGGCUCCCCCCAACCCGUUCGGCGCCGCCGGCUCCUCGAGGGCGAUGGGCACGCCGGGGCAGAGCGGGACGUGCUCGCCGGUCGCCGGCGGCGCGCCGGCCUUCCACGGCGACGUCCAGAUGAUCGACGGGGAGCGGCGCGAGUUCGCGUUCGGCGGCGAGGGCGUCGGCGGCGGCGGCGGCGACAAGCUGACCGCCGGGCUGGUGAAGGCGUGGGAGGGGGAGCGCAUCCACGAGGAGUGCGGCUCCGACGAUCUCGAGCUCACCCUCGGGAGCUCCAUGACUCGCGCCGAUCGUUAGCUGAUCAUCUCACCAUCAUCAUCAAGAAGAAGACGAAGACAUCAAGAAAUGGAUCGCGCGAGAUGAUCCAAGAAAAGCUUUUGAGGAAUCUGAACUUGGUUUAAUUCAUGCAGUUCGUCGUUAAAUUUAGCUUCUUUUUUUUUAAAAAAAACUUUUUUUUGCCUUCUUAUUCUAUAAUUUUCUGUUAUUAGAAGACAAUGGAAAGGAAAACAUGGCAAGGGGAGGGAAUUAGAGUGUUCAUGAUUAAUGGAUUUUCAGACAGUUGGGAGUAGAAUUCAGAGAAUAAUUUAGUACAUUAUGCUGCCAGGCUUCUGCUGAUCCAUGCUGAUUGUGAUUGAUGCCGUAUGUGCUCUGUGUUUCUGAUUGAUGAUCAAUUGCUCUUGAUCCUGCAGUUCAAUUCCAUAGCUGAU